ACCGUAACAACAAGAGCAGCGUCGGCUUCGCUGCGCCGCUAACGAGCUGCUAAACGCGCGCGAGGCCACGCUUUGAUCUCCUGUCGCUCAACAGCGAGCCGGACGUCACGCGAGCUGCUCACGCGCACAGUCUGCUGGUCGACCUGAAGACCUGAUGGAGGACGAGGAGCUGACGGAGCUCAAGAGGCGGCUGGAGGACCAAGACCAGGACCCGGAGCAGAGAGUCCGGGUCCUGAACCUCGGCUUACACAAGGCGCUGCAGACAGACGGCGUUGCGUUGGCGUCCGUGAAGUCUCGCUUGUACCUGAGCGGCGUCCUGAGCCACUGCGUCCUCCUCCUGUCUCGGGCUCCCAGAAUGCCGCGGGGCAACUGGGGCGCCGCUGCCACGCUCGCCCAGCUCACCAGUUCCUGUUGCGUCGGGGUGGAUCCUGGGAGACAUUCGCAGGCCUUUCAUAGGUUGUUCCUGCCUUCACUCAUGGACGGCAUCCUCUCAUUGGCCAGUCAGCUGAUAAGGCGGGCAGAGGGCCUGUCUCUCUUCAGGAAGGUGAUGGACUCAGUGGGCUGGCUGCUCAGAUCUCACACCCGUCUCACCACCCAGGUUCUCAGCUCGGUUCACUACGAGCAGAUCCAGAUGAGUGAAGACGUCACCGUGUCCCUGGUCUGUGUCCAGAUGUGGCUUCAAAGCUGCACAGCCAGCAGGGACUUCCAGUCUGAGUUGAGUGAUGACUCCGUCCUCUUGCUGCUCAACGAGGCAGUCGGCCUAUUGGCCGUCAGCUCUGACUCUUUAGUGGGCGGGGUCUCCAUCAGACUGGUCCUCUUUAUGGCCAAUCAGCAGGAGCUCCGGGUCCAGCCCCUCCUCCUCAGCUUCAGAGGUCUAGACAGCCUAUUGGACAAAGACUGGCGGGGGCGGGGUUUUGAUCCGGAGGUGGAUCAGCUGAUCGCACUCAUCCAAUCUGACACAAGGAGGUUUCCACAGGCGUGUACUGAGCGUGUGCGGGCGGCGUGCUUGAUCCAGGCGGCCUGGAAGUCCUAUCAGACAAGACGCAGGGUGAAGAGCCUGAACAGAGCGGUCAGCACGUUGCAGAGGAGAUACAGGGCUCGGAGGUCGAGGCAGCAGCAGCAGAAGGAGGAGCAGCGAUGGGAGGAGGAGCUGAAGUAUCAGGUGUGUGUGAGGCGUCAGCAGGCAAGGAGGAAGUUCCACCAGAAACAGAGACAACUGCUGCAGCUACUUCCUCCUGACCAGGUGCAGCCGUACCUGCAGGACUGCGAGCGUCGGGCGGCCGUGGUGAUCCAGAGCUUCUGGAGAGGGUUCAGAGAGAGACAACGCUACAACAACAACAACAACACACUGAGACACACACACGCGCGGCAGCAGGCCGCCAGGACGCUGCAAAGAGCGGUGCGACGCCUUCUGCAGAGACGCCGAGCAGCGAUGGUCCCGCCCACCACGUCUUUUUGGAUUGGUCAGAACGGCUUGACGGACAGCCGGAGGGCGGAGCUAAAGAGACAGGUGGAGGAACAUGUCUCUCAACAUCCUUCGUCCCGCGUGUCCCGUCAGGAGUGCGAGCGUCUCCACGAGGAGGUGCAGCUGCUGCUGCUGUCGGAGCUGCAGAGAGGAGGCCGGCAGAGGAGGGAGGAGCAGCGGGUGGAGGCUCUGCUGGCUCACACACACACACAGCUGGAGCUGCUCCGAGAUGCCCCGCCCCUCUCCGUUGUCACCACAACAGACGCCGACUCCUUCCUGAGCCCCUCGGGUCCUGUUGCCGUGCGCGCCCGCGACUCCCAUCAUGCAGCACUGCAGGCGAGCCGGCUGCCCUGGUGGAGGACGCUCAAGGAGACGGCCGGCGGCGUCGACAUGUUUAGCCCCGCCCACCUGCAGGAGCUGGAGGCGGAGCUCGGAGGACUGUUUGUCGGGGGGUGGGGGGGCAGUGAGGUGGACGGACUAAACCUUGAAAUUGAAGACUCAUGAUUUCCCUUCACAUUAAAACUUGAUCUGAGAACUAUCGGUCACUCUCAUGGAUUAUGGAUCAGAGGCUGUUCAUCAGGUUAUCAGGAACACAAGGCCAGAGAGGCGGAGCCACAAGGGAUGUCAAUCAUAUUUAUAGCAUAUUAGAAACCAGGUGAAGCUCACACCUUGUUCACCUGAAACCUCUCAGGAGUUUUGAUUGACAUGUGAGGAGGAGGAGUAAAGAGGAGACUGACUGAGACGCGUUUCUAAACUCUUUCUUUAAUCUCUGAUCACUUUGUUUUCAUCUGUAGUUUCAGUUCAGAGUUUAUAUAAACAACAAGAUGUGUCAAUAAAAGAGGAUUUAACAAACAUG